UAGUAUUACUUCGUGGCUUGGACCGAGCUUAACGGCCUAAAAAGGAAAAAGAAGUAAAUGGGUUAGGUUAGGUUAGGUUAGGUUGAUCCUUGGUAUGACGGGUAUCCUUAAAGGAUAUUUGAGUAUGAUCGAAAACAAUGCGUACCAAAUACAGUUGAGUAACCGCUGAAGCAUCUGUCACCCUUUGCCGAUGAUGUUCAGUUGUUAUAGAAGUCUCUAUGAACCUCCCCCACAACCUAGAAUAAGCCAUGUCAUAACCAUUAAUUUUGGGAGUGAUUUUCAUUGGAAGUAAUUAGUAACCUGUCUUACGAAAUUGUGCUGCAAUUGAAGUGAAAUGGAUCGUGCACUCACAGUAGAAGAGGCUGUAAUGCGAUUCUACGCGACUGGAACCAGUGAAACUCAUUCAUGGCUCUUACAGAUACAGGCAUCCUUCGAGGCUUGGAGUUUUGUUUGGGACUUGAUCGAACCGACCAAGAGCUGGGAAGUACAAUGUUUUGGUGCCACAACCCUAUACUCGAAACUAACUAAACAAUGGGAUCAAGUUCCAAAAAAUGAAUAUUUGGUACUGAAGGAUCGCCUGCUCGAUGGCAUCAAGAAAACAGAAGCCCCGAUGUUGGUGCUUUCCAAACUGUGUCAAGCGCUGGCCGUGGUUCUCAUUAAUAUUCAAGCAUCGGAGGAAGGAAGAAAGGAGAGUAAAAGCUUGGUUGAAGAUGUAAUCAGCAAUUUGUCUUGUGAUACUCCUUUAAUGUUGGAUCUCCUACUAAGAGUUCUUUCCGCUCUUCCUGUGGAGUUUGAAAAUUGUCACGGUACGACGAAGACAAAGAUUAGGCAAAGCCUCAUAGCCAGCUGGCAAAGAGUUGCCCUGCUACUUCUAGAUGUAUUUUCAAACUUGGAUCACGUUGUAGCUGGGAGAAACAACCAAAAAAUAUUUCUCCUUGGACUGGAAUGUGCAUUGUCUUGGCUGAAACUGGGUGAGAUUCCUCUUGAAGCAACGAGUCAUUUAUUCAAGCAUUUUCUACAAGCUGCCUUGCAUUAUGCACCCCGGAGAGAAAUUGAUUUGGAAGCCAGUAGUGGAUGGGAGGUUGUUCAAGAAUGUUUAAAUCUGACGCUGAGAAACCCGGCUUUGGUCAGUACGCCUGUUUUGUUAUGGGAAUGGACGGAGGGGUUGAUAUGGUCGGUCCGUCAAGAAUGCGGUCAAGCUUUUUAUGAUAUACUUGGAACAUUUGGUCAUGCGCAUAGUCGGACGUUUCUUUUGGCCUUGAGCGGAGAGGGUGAUGAAAAAAAGAAAUGGGCUGCAAAACAGCUGGUUGAGCUGUUACUGGAGUGUUCAGAGCUGCCCGGUCGCUAUCCCACGGAAGAAAGAAGCAGCUGUAUACCAUUUGGAUUCUGGUACAGCCUGCAGGACGACUUUUACGUCCUGGAUCCACCGGUUGAAGCUCGGGCAUUGCUGGCUUUAAAACCGGUAUAUGCCCGUCUCGCCCAGGCUUUAUUGCGCAAAGCUACGCUUCCCUUGUCAGCGGUGGAAGCCGGGGACGAAGACGACAGAGAGCUUCUCAGAUGUUACAGACAAGAUGCUGCCGAUACUCUGGCCUAUUGCUACAACGUACUGGGUGUAGAACUGCUAGAGCUACUAGGUCAAAGGCUGAGUCAACCUCCGGACAAUUUCGAUGAAUGGAAUCAAGUUGAAUCCACGCUGCACGCUUUCAAAGCUUUGUCGGGCAGCAUCGAGUCUCACGAGAGGCGCUAUAUACCACCUCUCCUCAGCAUUGUCUUGUCAGAAAUACCCUAUCACAGAUAUCCCGGCGAAGUACUUUCCAGUGCUUGUACGGCGAUUGGUGCUUAUGCAGAAUGGAUUGGAGAGCAUCCCGACCCGUGGCUGGAGGGAUGCCUGAGACUAGUCGCAUUGGGAUUAGCCCAGGGUCCCGUUACCGCUACAGCAGCUAGCAUGGCGUUGAAAGACUUGGCUCGAGAAUGUGGCCCACACCUGGCACCGUUGGCUCCGUCGGUACUCGAAACUAUUGGGUGCACAUUGCCAAACGUGCCACCCGGGGGUUGUGUAGGUCUUCGACUAAUGUACGCUGCUGGAAAGUUGUUAAACUCGUUACCUUCUACGGAUCUUCAACUUCAACAUCUUGAUUCUACCCUUGGUCCCUGCGUGAGGCGAUUGCACGAGUUGUUGCAGCUGCCGCCGUCCAAGGCUCGAGGUUCCGUUGUUAAUCAAUUGAAAAUGGCGACAACCUUGUUCUCAACAUUGGAGGGCCAUGUUGGUAAAGCGGUGCUAGACGGGUUGGUGCCGUUAUUCAAUCGGAUUGUCACAGACAGCGAAUGGGGAAAAGAUUACAUGACUCUGGAAGCUAUGCACAUCUGUGUGCAAAAAUCUCUUUCGUCCCUUCCUCACCCAAAAGCCGAGGCACGCCCUCUGCUUCUGCUACUCACUACCUCUUACAAGACGACUCCUCACCCGGCGGCUCUAAAUUUAUUACGUCAGCUAGUUUUAGCGCUAGGCAGAGAUUCUUGCAGCAUUAUCGCACCAGUUUUUGCUGAGUUGAACGGUUACACUUUAAACGGAGUUGCCGCAAUACAAACAGCUGGAGGUAACCUGUCCGAUCUGUCGGACUUGCUGCAGGCGUAUCUUGUUCUGCUUGCGCAAAUAUGCAAGAAAACUUCUCAAUUGCUACUCGACAUCCCGCAACAAAUUCCUGAAACCUUACGAUGUGGAAUUGCGUGCUUGUCUCUUCCUGAGGUGGGAAUCGCCAAAGCUGCUGGGAGUUUUCUUAGUCACGCCAUUGGACAAUGCCCACAUUUAAAAACGUUCAUCGAGACCUUUGGUCAGGAACUAGUUUGUACGAUUCUUCGUUGCGUUGGUGGAGAUGUCGCACGCUGUAGCCUGGAGCCUCACGCAGAAGUUCUUCUAGAAUUAUGUAUUUCUUACCACCAGUGGACUACCCAGUGGCUUCGAGUGGCUUUGUCGAAUGCAAACGCUCCUCCGGUUAGCCAAGAACGAAAGGAUAUGUUCAUACGGGACGUGCUGCGCGUACGACGCAAUAAAGGACGCUUAUGCGACAUACUUAAAGAUUUUGGUUUGGUUUGUCGCCAAUCGACUCCCGGAUUGAUUCAAUGAAGCUUGAAAUUAUUUCAUUUCAAACGUCAUACAGCAACUAAGUAGUAAGAAUGAUCAGUAAAAUUGAGAUUAUUGUCAUUGUUAUACCAUGCUGUAUCUGCUGAUUCAAAUCGUGACAUUGUUUGGGUCUGUUUGCUGUGAGAUUGGACAAGUUGUUUCAACACGCAUCAUUUCUGUUCUAUAUAACUCUGAAGCGUGGAUAAAGUCUAGUACCUGAUUCAUAAAUAUGUUCAGAAUAUGACUUCUUAUUCAACGAUUACAGCAUCGGCUAUUCAAUUAGCCCGGCCAAUUUGACAGUUAUACAUGAUAUAUUAUCCUAAUUAAUUUGUAUGGACGAAGAAAACUCAUCUGGCUAUAUGGAUCUGCACACAAUUAUGAGAUCCGGCCAACUAGUUUGGCGAAUAAAUUGACAUGUGUUUUGGUUGUGCGAUCCUGUUGAAAAAACAACUGUUGUCCCCAGUUAUAAUUACAUCUGUACGCCUGAGCGAUAUAUUUUGCAAAUAUACUAUAUAGUAAAUAUUA